AUGAUGUGUUACAAGGAAAUGCAGAAGAAAAUAUGAUUAUUGGGAAUGAUGAAGCUAAUAAAAGCAGUCUGCCAGUUAAAACAAGGGAUGUUCAAAAACGAAAGAGAAAUCUCAGAUACGAAGGAAACGAGAAACGAAAGAAUAUCAUGGUGCAGAAUAAAUCUGGAGCUGAAUCAUCUUCAGAAGAAGUUUUGGAGAGCAGGACGUUGUUGGAAAGCCAGAAGUUACAUCCGUCGUGGAUUGCUAAAAAACAAGAACGUGAAGCCUUAAAAAAAUUAAAAGCAUCAUGUAAAGCGAAGAAGAUUGUCUUCGAUGAUGAUUGA